AUGCACAGCUUCGUACCUUUUCAGUGCCCGAGCUACGAAUGCAAAAAGGAGACGGCGGAACGUCAUGCCCUUGGUAGGGCCAGAUUCGUCAAAGUAAGUGCCUCUCACCGCCCCGCCUCUAGUGGAUUUUUCGUGAAGGUAAUUGAAGAUAAACAUAGCGGUCCAGUCAAACACCGCAACACUGGCGCAGUGGCCCGAGUAUUUCCCGGCUUGCUUCGAGAGCCAAACCGCGUUCUCCUUAAGCAGUGUAAAAUGUGGGGCCCUAUUGGCGGCCUUGCUCCUUUGUGCCUCCAGGUUCUGCUCGGUGGCUUCGGCAGGCGCAAAGUCUUCCCGAUGUAUAAUGUGUGUAUUUUUGACCUCGAGGAUAGAAAGAAUCUCCAACAACUCUUCUUUAUCAGAAUAAAGGGACCACUGCACAUCGAAGCGGCUUUUGGGUCCACCGUAUUACUCAGUUCCGCAGACAAGCUUGGUGCUAGCAGGAAGUAUCUCCUGAAGAGCUAUGUUCACAGGGUGGAUGAAUUGCAGUAUAGAAAUCCGUAA